AUGGCAAACAAAGUCUACACCCUCAACGAGAUCAAAUCUCACAACACCAAACAAGACCUCUGGGUCGUCAUCCACGGAAAGGUCUAUGACAUAACCAAAUACACCCGCGACCAUCCUGGCGGCGCAGAUGUCCUCGUCGACGUCGCCGGCACAGACGCCACCGCGGCCUACGAAGACGUAGGCCAUUCCGAAGACGCAGACGCAAUCCUACAGACGUUUUGCGUUGGAACGGUCAGCGAUGCGGGGGAUUAUACUCGUCCGAAGGCUGUGCGUGUGAUUCAGGAUACGGCAGAGAAUGAGACCCGAAAGGGAGAUGCGGGAUCUGGUUGGGUGGGAUAUACAAUCGGGACUGGGGCUCUGGGAGCGUCGGUUGUUUAUGUUGUCUCGAGAUGGGGGCACAUAUUCACGGUGCCUGCUAUUCUACCCUCUGGGAUUCUCAAAGGAGGCUUCUCGACUGGCUUCAUCGCAGCCAGCUUGAUAUCCACUGCCAUCGGGACCAAACUCGCAAAGCAGCUGUCAAAAUUCACGCAAAUCGAGUCCGGUUUCACCAAGUACCCUGCGUCCAAACCAUCAUCCCUCGUCAAGCACAAUCCCCAUCUCGAAGAAGGCUUCCUCGACGCAAAGGAAUACAAAUCCCUCCCGCUGAUCCAAAAAGACACUCUCGCUCCAAACGUCUACCGCUUCGUCUUUCAACUCCCCAAUGAAAACGAUGUCAUCGGCCUCCCAAUCGGUCAGCACGUCGCUAUCAAAGCUACAGUCGACAACCAAUCCAUCAGCAGGUCGUACACGCCGACCUCGAAUAACCUCGACCGCGGCAGAUUGGAGCUUGUCAUAAAAUGCUACCCUGACGGCCUGCUCACGGGAAAGUACCUAUCCACCCUGCAGAUCGGCGAGAAAGUCCAAUUCCGCGGCCCCAAGGGCGCAAUGAAAUACCACAACGGCCUCUGCAAGAGGAUCGGAAUGAUCGCCGGCGGAACAGGAAUCACACCCAUGUACCAACUCAUCCGGGCAAUUUGCGAAGACGACACAGACACUACUGAGAUCAGCCUGAUCUACGCGAACCGCACGGAGGAGGAUAUCCUCCUUCGCGAUGAGCUGGAGACAUUCGCGAAAAGGUACCCCCAUAAUGUGAAGAUAUGGUAUAUGCUCGAUCAACCCUCGGAGAACUGGGCGUAUGGAAAGGGGUAUGUCACGCAGGCGGUUAUGGGGGAGAAAUUGCCUGGUGCGUCGGCUGAUACGAAGAUCAUGCUGUGUGGACCGCCGGGGAUGGUGAAUGCGGCGAAAAAGGGGCUAGUUGGGCUGGGCUUUGAAGCGUCAGGGAGUGUGUCGAAGAUGACGGACCAGAUUUUCUGUUUUUAG